AUGAAGCCUUGCGUGCUCCGCAGCGCCGUCCUGCUGAUCGCUUUUUCUGCUCCGGCUGGGGCCGGCGAGGGCCUGGAACACUUGCUUGAGGCGCAGCAGCUGUCUGCAGCAGGGCAGCACCAUGCUGCAGUUGCUCGCGUCCGGGAGGCCCUUCGACUCGAUCCCUCGAGUGGGGAAGCACAUCACUUUUUGGGGCAACUCUUGGCUUCACUUGGGGACAUGGCAGCUGCCAGGCAGAGUUUUGCAGAGGUCGUGCGUCUGACCCCCACAUCGGCACAUGCCUGGGCCAACUUGGGCUACAUUCAGUCUGUAGCCGGCAGCAAAAGGUUAGACAUCGAGAAGAGCUACCAGACCGCCCUGCGGCUUGAGCCUGACAAUGUGAAAGCAGUCAAGGGCCUCGCAGAGCUGAAGCAGAUGCGAUCGGAUUAUGCCGGCGCCGAGAAGCUGCUACUUGCAGCAUUGGAGACAGCAAAAGCUCCGUCUCUCUAUGUGAGCUUGGCAUCUCUUUAUGAAGAUCUUGGGAGGGAUGGCGCCGCGAAGAAGGCUUACAAGGCAGCCCUGAAGCUCGAGGCAUCCGCUGGACUUGCCCACCUCGGCUUAGGGCGGCUACAGCACAAAGAUGGCAAGCUGCGGGCAAGCGAGAAGAGCUACCGCAAGGCCAUCGAACUCGUACCGGAGGAGUGUGAGCGCUUUGACAUUCAUAAGUGGCUCGGGAUUUUCCUUGCAGCUCGGGGCGCCAACGAAGAAGCUUCCGAGGUCUUGACGCGUGCCGUGCAGCUGCGACGGGAGGCAGGUCGGCUCCCCUGCUCUCUCAUCAUGAACUUGCCAGAUGAGACCCUGUAUCUGGAAACUCGUCGAAAGGAGGCGGCAUCUUUCGCAGAGGCUUGCCGAGAGCCGACCCUGAGGAAGCUGGUUAUCACUUUUGACUUUUAG